AAACAGAAACAGAAUUAUAAAAACGUUCAAUUAGCCGAGGUAGUAAGUCAUUACAGUGCCAACGCUCGUGGCGAAAAGAGCGAGUGAAAAACUCCAGAGAAAAGCUUUCCAUCGGUUGGAUUUCCAGUGCGUGGAAAACUCAGCUAACAGGUCAAAUUCCGACGGCAGUCCAUGAAUAUUAACAACUUGAUCUGCCGAUCUGCGAGCUGUGAUCAGUGAUCUGCUAUCUGCUAUCUGCUAUCCGAUCGCCGGAAGAGUGAGGAACCUGCUGGAGAAGCGCCAAGGGUCCGCCCGCCCCCAUCCGUAGCCCCGAAGAGAAGAGCCGAGUGUCAACAAGCCGGGCAAAAACGGCGAAUAAAUCGUGCAAAUAGCAGAACUCAGACGGCAGACGGUCCGAACCUGAAUCGGGGCUUAUUUAAAGGUCCGCUACCCGCUGUCUGUCAAUCAGAACAAUUCAAGCUGCCGGCGGCAGCAGAUCGCGAGUGAAGAAAUCCGAAGAAACCAGAAGAAAGUCGCUGAAGAUAUAGCAUAAGAUAGUCGUGCAAAUAGCAAAUACGGGAAAAUUCCCGGACAUCUUGCACACACACAACAGUUCAACUGCAAACACUUACAUGCAAUUACACACCCGACAAAGUUUAUUUUCCUGCAUUGUACAUGCAGUAUUGUGAUAUUUAAACGUCGUUCAGCGUCGUAAUCAAUUUGUUUUAACACUCUGUGUUUAACCUUAACAAAAGGCCCUUAAAGCCACAAAGCCACAAAGCCCGCCCAAUAAAACAAUUCUCAAGAUGUCAGCGUCGAAGGAGGCGAUUUGCGGGAGCACGGAGAAGGAUCUGGAGAAGCCGGCAUUGGGAUGCUUUGCCACCCGGUACUUUGUGACCUUCAUGCUUUUCCUGGGCAUGGCCAAUGCCUAUGUGAUGCGCACCAACAUGUCGGUGGCCAUCGUGGCCAUGGUGAACCACACGGCCAUCAAGUCUGGAGAGGCAGAGGAGUACGACGAUGAGUGCGGAGAUCGGGAUAUUCCCAUUGAUGACUCCCAGGAUGGCGAAUUUCCCUGGAGCUCAGCUCUGCAGGGCUACAUCCUGUCGUCCUUCUUCUACGGCUACGUGAUCACCCAGAUUCCCUUUGGCAUCUUGGCCAAGAAGUACGGUUCCAUGCGCUUCCUCGGCUACGGCAUGUUGAUCAACUCCGUGUUUGCCUUUCUGGUUCCGGUGGCUGCCCGCGGCGGAGGUGUUUGGGGUUUGUGCGCCGUGCGUUUCAUCCAAGGUCUGGGUGAGGGUCCCAUCGUGCCCUGCACCCACGCCAUGUUGGCCAAAUGGAUUCCACCCAACGAGAGAUCACGAAUGGGUGCCGCCGUGUAUGCGGGUGCUCAGUUUGGAACCAUCAUCUCGAUGCCACUUUCUGGCCUGCUGGCUGAAUACGGAUUCGAUGGCGGCUGGCCGUCGAUCUUCUAUGUGUUUGGAGUUGUGGGAACCGUCUGGUCCAUCGCCUUCCUGAUCUUCGUGCACGAGGAUCCCUCUUCGCAUCCCUCUAUUGAUGAGCGCGAGAAGAAGUACAUUAACGAUUCCCUCUGGGGAACUGAUGUUGUUAAGAGCCCUCCCAUUCCCUUCAAGGCCAUCAUCAAGUCGCUGCCCUUCUACGCCAUUCUCUUCGCCCACAUGGGUCACAACUACGGCUAUGAGACUCUGAUGACCGAGCUGCCCACCUACAUGAAGCAGGUGCUCCGCUUCUCCCUGAAGUCGAACGGUCUCCUCAGCUCCCUGCCCUACCUGGCCAUGUGGCUCUUCUCCAUGUUCAUCUCGGUGGUCGCCGAUUGGAUGAUUAGCUCGAAGAGAUUCUCGCACACGGCCACCAGGAAGCUGAUCAACAGUAUUGGCCAGUAUGGACCAGGAGUCGCCCUGAUCGCCGCCUCCUACACGGGCUGCGACAGAGCACUGACCCUGGCCAUCCUCACCAUCGGAGUGGGUCUUAAUGGAGGCAUCUACUCCGGCUUCAAGAUCAACCACUUGGACCUCACACCGCGUUUCGCCGGCUUCCUAAUGUCGAUCACGAACUGCUCAGCCAAUUUGGCCGGUCUUUUGGCGCCCAUUGCUGCGGGCCACCUCAUUUCUGAUCCCAGCAAGCCCAUGAUGGGUCAGUGGCAGAUCGUGUUCUUCAUCGCUGCCUUUGUGUACAUCAUCUGCGGUACCUUCUACAACAUCUUCGGAUCCGGUGAGCGUCAGUACUGGGACAAUCCGGAGGACGAUGAGCAAAAGCCGGCCCUCCAGACGACCGUCACCACCUCCCCAGCAAGGCUGAGCAACGGCAGCACGGCACCAGCGGCCAUCUCGAGUUCCUAGGACUCCAAAUGGAAGUAGUAUUAGCCGUAGUCGUGCGUCAUUAACCAUUAAUCCGUACACUAUACGAUAUGCGUAGCUUAGUCCUUGUUUUAGUCUAAUUAUUUGAUAAGCCAAAAGUUGUUAAUAUUGAUAGUUAGCCUUUGAUUUAUUCCUACAUCUGCAUGAACACCGCUAAAAAGACACUAAUCUUCCAAUUGUAAAUAAAUUGGGAACUGAAACCGAACCCACACCAAGUCGAGCACAAAACGUCAACUUUAGUUAGGUAAAUCGAGGUCUACCAUUGCAAAUGUGUAGUUUUCUUAUCUUAUUGUGAUAGCGAAAGAGUUUACUUCUCUCACUGAUUUGUUUUGAAAUUAAAUGAUCCGCUCAAGCGAACAUUGUUAAGCAAACAACCAAAUGUAUGAAAACCAUUAAAAACUACUAGUUUAAGAAAGAAAAA